AUGAGCUUCAGAGAUGCAUUUCAACAAUACAUAGACCACCCUGAAAAACACGACAUUGUUGUCUUCUACGACGAGAAUGUGAUUAUUAUCAAAGAUAUAUUCCCCAAAUCGACCAGACACUUGCUAGUCAUUCCCCGAAACCGCCAGGUAAGCAGAACCCAUCCGCUAGAUGCAUUCUGCACAGACUAUCCAGAAUUCUCCGGAGACAAGCUCUACAAAAUGGUGCUGGAAUAUGUUGAGAAAGCAAAGGAUCUUAUCGUUGAUGAAUUGCUACAUUACUCUGAUGUGAAGGACAAGUCCCAACUUCUGGAGUUCAGAAACACGUUCAUCAACGCCGGGGUCCACAGCAUACCUUCCUUGAAUAACCUACACGUCCAUGUGAUCACCCAAGAUUUUCAUUCUCCGAAAAUGAAGAAUAAGAAACACUACAAUUCAUUUACCACAAAGUUCUUUGUCCCCUUUGAGGAGUUAAAUCCUGAGUUGAACGAGGGCUACUGUAGUCGCCGCACUUCCCAGCCUUUCUUAGAAACAGGGCUGGUCCAGAGAAACACCCAAUACAUUGUCCACGAACGCUCCAAGGAAGCUAUGGAUAAGCUUAUCAAAACAUCCCCUUUCAAAUGCACGUCGUGUUCCAAAACAUUUGGUAACCUGAUGGUCAAGUUAAAGGCCCAUUUACAUGACGAGUAUAUCAGGAGGUAUGCAAGUUUCAUUGAUCCCAACAUUUUAAUUCCAAACGGGGUUUCUGCACAAUGUACAAAUUAG